AUGAAAGACGAGCCUGAACUAAUACAUCAAUCACUACUAGCUGACUGGCAGAAAGCCGAUGCGGUCCGUACCUUCCUAUUGCCGUGUCUCGACUUUCAUCUGACAAACGGACAAGUGCGGAAAGAAGGACUGUCAGAAUUCGACAGGAAACUCCAACAAUAUGGGAAGAAAUGGCUACACCUCCCACAGAGAGCUAGCCCAGAAGUUUUGUACAUCCCAACCUCACAUGGUGGGCUUGGAUUCUCUAAACUCAAUGACCUGAGCAACACAUGCAAGAUUGCAUAUGCACAAACGGUCCUAAAUUCAGAAGACAAACUAGUUCAAAACAUUGCGUACACGGACGCAAUUAAAGCAGUUAAACGUAGGCUCAAGAAGAACCCAAGUAAUUUGGAAAUAACUGAAUACUUCGACGGAAAGACGGAUGGCAUAUUUGAUUGUAACUCAUCAGACGUGUCAUCCAACUGGACAAAGCUGAGAAUCGCUACCCGCAGACUUAGAACCAAACUCCUCGUAAACUGGAAAAUCAACAACGAUGGAGCACUGGGCAUAACACAGAAUGGGAACCACAUCAAACCCAACAAAACCAAAAGGACACUACGCGGAGCAAUUGCAGCCCACGAGAUGAAAAACCUCAGAGACAAACCAGAUCAAGGGAGAAUUUUUGACGUCUCCAUGAUAAGGAACUCCUCUAACCAUUACCUCAGUAGAGGUGAUUUCAUCCGAUUUGCAGACUGGAGAUUCAUUCACAAGGCGAGACUGAAUGUGCUACAACUGAACGGAUGCAGAAGACAAUAA